UCCACUUCGACCUUUAUCCCGUUUCCUUUCCAAAAAUAACAAAACAAAAUUGAUAAAGAAAAAAUCCUACUGCUAUUCUUCUUCCACCGCUUCCAAGGAACCUCCUACACACUGGAAGAAAUUCGAUUUGGUGAAACCACGCAUCUGAGGUCAAACCCCAAUCUGCAAAUUUCCAUAAAUUUAUUUUAAAAUUCACAAUUUUUACUUGAGAGUAAUCAACCAUGGCGAUCGCCCAAUCUAACAUGAAUCCGGCGAUCCACCUAGCAGCCACCACAUUCCGUCACCACCACCGCCUCCUCCAAUUCCGCCACUGUUUUGUCUCUCCGAGAAUUGCUUCCUUCCGCCGCCUCUCGCUCGUGUCUGCGAGAGUUAGAGCGUUCUCCACCAACGAGACUCAGCCAGCCGAUGUCGAUAAGCUCCCCAACAAACCUCCGAUAUGCACCGCCGACGAGCUCCAUUACGUCACGGUCAAUAACUCGCCCUGGAAGCUCGCGCUCUGGCGCUAUAGCCCGUCGCCGCAGGCUCCACCGAGAAAUCAUCCGCUGCUGCUGUUAUCCGGUGUGGGAACAAAUGCCAUUGGAUAUGAUCUUUCUCCUGGGUCUUCAUUUGCCCGAUAUAUGUGUGGCCAAGGAUUUGACACCUGGGUACUAGAAGUUCGGGGGGCAGGAUUGAGUACCCAAGGGUCGGAUUUCAAGGAUGUAGAGAAGUCAGCUCAUGCAAUAUCUGAACAAAUGGAAGCUGCUGCAGAGAAUAUGACUAAUGCUACCUCCGUGCAGAGUAAGACUUCUCGUGCAACAUCAGAACAAAUGGAAGCUGCUGCAGAUAAUACUAAUGGUGCUCCUGCCAACCAGCAAUCAACCUCAGCGCUGAGCACGGAUAAAACUGAGAUUUCUGUUGUAAAUGAAGAACUAAAUGGGCUUGCUACAGCAUGGGAUGAAUCGAGACUGGUAACAGAAUUGACAGAAACCUUUACACGUUUGUCCGAAAGACUUUCUGGCUUUCUUAGUGAAAGUCAAUCAAAAAUCAUGUCAGCGAAAUUUUUUGACCAAGUAUCAGAUCUUUUGGAGGGCUCAUUUAUAUAUGACCGUUUUAGUGAAGUAAGGAAGAACCUUUUAAGUUUGCUGGAGAGGAGGCAAAAAUCUGGUGUUGCUAGCCAGAUUAGGGAUCUAAGUCAAAAGCUAGUUGAUAUCAUUGAUGAAGCUCAGCGUUCAGUUUCGCCUCCACUUUUUGAUCUUUCAGAGCGUCUGAGAACAACUUUACAAGAUCUCGAGAAUCAGUUGGACUUGAUUGUCCAAUAUGACUGGGACUUCGAUCAUUACCUGGAAGAGGAUGUUCCCGCUGCGAUGGAAUACAUAAGGGCCCAAAGCAAACCAAAGGAUGGCCGGAUACUUGCUAUUGGUCACUCCAUGGGGGGAAUUUUACUAUAUGCCAUGCUAGCACGUUACAGUUCGGAAGGAAGAGAUCCUGGAUUAGCUGCCGUGGUGACAUUGGCCUCAUCACUUGACUACACAUCAUCUAAAUCAUCUCUCAAACUUCUUAUUCCUCUUGCUGAUCCUGCUCAGGCUCUGAAUGUGCCUGUUGUUCCUCUAGGCGCAUUACUAUCUGCAGCUUAUCCUCUCACGUCUAGUCCGCCUUAUGUCUUAUCAUGGAUGAAUGACUUGAUAUCAGCCCAGGACAUGAUGCACCCUGAGCUGUUAAAGAAGCUCGUUCUCAACAACUUUUGUACUAUUCCAGCAAAACUAUUAUUGCAGUUAACCACUGCUUUUAAAGAAGGAGGGCUCCGUAAUAGAAACGGUACAUUUUUUUACAAGGAUCAUCUACCUAACAGCGAGGUUCCUGUAUUAGCGCUUGCUGGAGACCGUGACUUGAUCUGUCCACCAGAAGCUGUAUACGAGACCGUGAAGACCAUUCCUGAGCACUUAGUCACCUAUAAAGUAUUUGGAGAACCUAAUGGUCCACAUUAUGCUCAUUACGAUCUGGUGGGAGGACGACUGGCUGUGGAACAAAUAUACCCCUGUAUAAUCCAAUUUCUAAGCCGUUAUGACUCGAAUCAGUAGUCGAAAGCAAACUUUACGUUCUCUGGCACACAGUAUAUGAUCUUUCCAGCAGUCAUUGGUUCUGGUGGUGGGGCAGAGUUAACUUAACCGUGCCAGUGAGCUUUCCUAGCAUCCCGCUACAUCACCAUCUCACGAUUCAUGAAGUUACACUGCAUUUUCACGACGUAGGGGUGUGGGGAAUGCCAUUACUUCUAGACGAUUCUGAACCUUUUAGACUCAAGCUAUGCAGCUUUUGUUGUGGUUUGCUUUCUAGUUUGUGAUGAUGCUUUUAAUUCCUACCUUCAAAAUCAGUACUUGAUUUCUGUUUCCCUUUUGGGCGACAAGUGUAAACUAGAAUGGAGCAUGAGAUGUCUGUAAAUGAUGCCCAUCUUUUAUAUUUAUGAUGAUAUUAUGUAAAUCUAAAACUCGAAGCCUUCAACAAGUGUUGUGGAGAUUAUUUUCUAGAGUACUA